UUAGGUUUUUAGCGGUGCGUUUUUAUUCGGCGUUAAGCUUUUCCAUCGAACGGACGGUCGCGUGUGCCAGCGCUACGCUAGGGCCAGUUAGUUUCGCCGCGAUACGCAGCCGUGACAGUCGAACGCGGUGUAUUAAAUCUCUAUAUAGAUUAUUCGCAUUACGAUCGUCGUGCCGCUCCGCCAGCCGUGGAGUGUGCGUGUGUCACCACAGCCCAAGUGAGAGGCAGCUGAACAACCAUCCAAUCAACCAACCAACCACCCACUCGGCCGCUUAUCAGCCCAAGCCCAAGUGUUGAUCCUCAAUCCCGCUCUGUGUUCGCUAGCUAAGCGCGAACCAAGCAAUUAGAUCUUCCCAACCCAGUCAGCCAUGGAGCGCCGCAUAAACUUGUUGCCCGCUUUGCUGGCCCUGUUGCUGUGCAUUUGUGCAGCAGCAGCAGCAGCAGCCGUAGCUGGAACGCCCGCGUUUUACUGCCCCGAGGACUGCAGUUGUUCGCUGUCGCAGCACACGCACAAACCGCUGUUGCAUGCCAAGUGCAACAGUACCAAAGGACUGAAGCUGUCGGAGCAGCCGCUGCGAGCUGGCGUGCCCAUACAUUCCAUAGACUUGUCGUAUUUGGGACUGACGCGUUUGGGCCAUGUGCUGAACAUGCUGCCCAACCUGACCUCCGUGGACUUGUCGCACAACGAACUGCACGAGUUGGGCCAUUUGAGCAAGCGCAUCAAGAAGCUGAACCUCAAGCACAAUCGCUUGACCUCCGCCAAGCUGGUGAAGCUGCCGCAACAUUUGCAGGUUCUCAAUUUGCAGCACAACGAUAUCACGUCCCUGCCCAUGGAGUUGACCCAUCUGCAGCACUUGCAGCAGCUGGAGCUGGGCCACAAUGCCAUCAAUUGCUCGUGCAGCACCUUGGAGGUGCGCAACUGGCUGCAGGAGCGUCACGUAUACAUGGAGAAGCCCGUCAUCUGCAGCCAGCCCACGGAGGCGCAUGGCAAGCCCUGGCUGCAGCUGAAGCAGUCCGAGGUCUGCGAAAAGGAGCAGCGCGGCUGGUAUGCCUCGGACAUAGACGAGAACGAGCUGAUGAUGGGUGAUCAGCCCGUGCCCGAUUCUAUCGAGCAGGAGGACGAGGAACAGGAACUGGGCAAAGACUAUCUGGUCAUUGAUGGCAAGAAGUCCGUGAAGGCACCAGAACCGCCACCGCUGCCGGUGCAGAGCGAUGUGGAGGGAUCGGGCGAUCUAAACGAAAUGAAUAUGGAACUGGUUGCCCACCAAGCAUCGGAGCCGGUGCCCGUUAUUGCAGAGGAGCCCAAGACAGAGCAAUUAGUCGCCCACGACGAGGAAGACACCGACGAGGAGGGCUCGGGCAGCGGCGGCGGCGCCCUCAUUAUACCCGCCAUCCAUUCCGAUCCCAUUAACACAGAUGACUUUGAGCCUCCAGAAUCGCCCGGAUCCGAACAGGUAAGCAACGAAAACGACGACGACGACAGCUACGACAACAAGCCGGUGGAGCAGCCGGCCACGCCUUCGGCGGACAUUUUCAAGAACAUCGGCAUCUUCGAGGACGCCAGCGGCAAACCGGUCAGCGAGGAGGUCAUUGUGCCGGUUGUGCAGACCAAGCUGGAUGUGGGCGCGCCCACGGAUGUGGUCACAGACGGACCGCUGGAUCUGGACAAGACCUCCGAGGACAUACUGUCGGCCAAAAUAGGCAAAAAGGAUGACAGCAAUGCCAUCUACUUCCUGCUGGGCGUCAUUGCGCUCAUUGUCCUGGGUCUGAUACUCUUCGUGGCCAUCAAACGCUGCAAGUACAACAACAAUGCGGCGGCACGUGACGCCGAGGCGCAGCGCCAAACGGAACUGCUGGACAUGGACAAGACCAAUCUGGGUAAGCCGCUGGCACGCAACGGCCACGAGCACUCACCCUUGAUAGGUGAGAAGACCAAGCUGGACGAGGCACAGAUUGUGAACGGCAACGGCAAGAAGCCGUACGAUAGCAAGGAUGGGGCUGGGCAGCAGCCGCUGCUGAAUGGCAACGGCACUGCCAACGGCGAUGCCAAGGAGGUGCCCACCAUCAAUGAACCCGUCGCUGCUGGCGCUGAUCCGGCGGCACCACAUGAAUACUAUCCCAUCACACCGCGUUAUCCCACACCGCAGUCGCCGCGCGCCUCCAAGUACGCACAGCAUCCACAGGGCCAGGCCGCCGGCGAGCAGAACAACAACAACAACAACAAUAAUAACAACAACAAUGAACCGGAUGGCGCCUACUUGCCCUCCUCACCCAAAUCCGGCCGCUAUUCGCCCGUCUAUUCGCCAGAGACUGGACGCGUCAAGAUCAAGCUAACGGAGACGCCCAAGCCGAAGACGCCCAUGUUGGUAACGCGCAGCAAGUCGAAUGCUGGGGAUAUUAUAACCACGCCCUAUUUGGAGCCCACACAUCAGGUCAAUGGCAUUGCCGGCCACUGAGCUGACCCCUUGGAAAAACCCCUCCCCCCUUUAGCUGACCUGCAAGUGUCAGGCGUGAGAGACAAGUGCCAAGCGAAAACAACAACAACAACAACAACAAAAGCCUUUAACUGCGCUCAGAGUGUGUGGCAAUCGAUAAUCGAUAAUCGAUAUACGAUAGGCGAUAACGGUGCUUUGCAAUGAAGAGCAAACAACAACUAUUCGUUUUAAGCUCCCGCAUCCCCUCUUAAAUAUAUGGUAACCGUUUUGUAGUUUUAGCAUUAAGUAAAUUAAUUAAUACUUAAGCAUAAAUCUAGUUUAAUACCAAAGUUUAAAAAUAUCUUAAAUGUAAAUUUCCCAGCAGCUGCGAAAUACAAAAAAAAAGAUGAUAAUCAGAAAUGGGCUGAUGACGCUUUGCAACACUAUUUUUCUACUACUGGCAUAUGCAUGAGACACACACACACCCACACAAACACACGAUUACUUACUAUACAAACCUGUGCAUGUAUGUGCAUAUAUAUAUAUACACACAUAUAUAUAUCAAUUUAUAUAUGUUCUUUAUAUAUAUUUUUAUAAUAUUUAAGCUGCAUUCUCUUGUGAAAUUAUAUUGUGUUACUCUCUGUUCGUGUGAAUGACUUUUCAAUUCAAAAUAAGCCUAUCAAUAAAAAGAAAAACUACAACA